GCGGGGCCCGGGCUCUGCCACGGGGAGGGGUCCGCGCCCGGCCGUGAGGGGCCCGAGGCCUACGGCAGCUCGGCGCAGCCUGGGAGCCCCGCGCGCGGAGGACUCGGGGGCGGGGGAGCGGGGGCUCCCUGUGCAGCGCUGGCCCUGCCUCCGGGGCGCGUUCAUCUGCCUCAGCCCAGCCUCCUGAUCGCCAGCCCCGCGCACUCGACCCGACCACCCUCUUGGCACACGGGGGCGACCUGCAGCACUGCCCGGUCUCGGGGUCCCGGAUCUCCGGGAGUGCUUAUGUCCUCAGCAAGCCUCCCCGGGUAUUCAGAGGGCAGCAGGUUCUGCGGGGAGUGCCUCCAGCCAUGCCUGCAGGUGCCAUCCCCUCUGUGCCCGCUGUGCCGCCUGCCCUUUGACCCCAAGAAGGUGGACAAGGCCACCCAUGUGGAGAAGCAGCUCUCCUCCUACAAGGCACCCUGCCGGGGCUGCAACAAGAAGGUGACGUUGGCCAAGAUGAGAGUGCAUAUUUCCUCCUGCAUGAAGGUCCAGGAGCAGAUGGCCAACUGUCCCAAGUUUGUCCCUGUGGUGCCUACGUCCCAGCCCAUUCCCAGGUCCACCUUCACCUGCCCUUACUGCGGCGCCCGCAACCUGGACCAGCAGGAGCUGGUGAAGCACUGCGUGGACAACCACCGCAGUGACCCCAACCGCGUGGUGUGCCCCAUCUGCUCGGCGAUGCCCUGGGGUGACCCCAGCUACAAGAGCGCCAACUUCUUGCAGCACCUGCUCCACCGGCACAAGUUCUCCUACGACACCUUCGUGGACUAUAGCAUCGAUGAGGAAGCCGCCUUCCAGGCCGCCCUGGCCCUAUCUCUCUCUGAGAACUGAAGGCACAGCCCAGCCACCAGGACCAAGCUUUUCCGCCUCGAGGGACAGGACUGUGCUGGCUCUCUGUGGUCCAGCGCCUGCAUUGGAAUGCGCCUUUUGGGCCAGGUGAGGCCUCCAUCAUUGCAGGAGGCGAGGCAGCCCCCAAGAUUGCCAGGGCCCAGGAGACUGCUGUCCCCUCACCAUCAGAGGACAGCUGCCUGUGCUCCUGGCCAAGCAUGGCUGGUUUCUUCGGUGCUUCGGGCCGAGCAGGUGGCCCUCGCAGGGCUGGCCUGUUGAGACUGAGAGCAGUCGGCAGUCUGUCUCUCUCAAAGCCAUGAUGUCCUCCCCGUAUGGAGGGGGAGCCCCAGCGAUACACCCGACCGGCCACCAGCGUCGGCAACACUUCCCCCCGCACACCUGGUACUGGCUUUGUGAUACCUAGAAAUUCUGGCAUUUUUCUAUAUUAUCCAGUGUGAUAACCUUUUCACAUUUUAUAGAGCAAAGACAAAGCAGUUACUCUUCAUAUUGCAAUAUCUGUGUUUGACUAGGAACAAUAGUAUUUUUAUGGAACAUUUACAAAAUUAUAUUUUUUAAAAAAACAAUCAAAAAUAAACAGUUGUGGGAUCAAGCUGGGGAGGGAAGGAGAGAUGGGGCAAAUGUAGGAGCCAAGGUGAACUGUGGGCUUUCGGUUGUGAGCACGGGACGAAGGUGGCCAUGCCCCAGGCCAUCCUCAGUGUUUUCCAGGGUUCCUGUGGUUGGUUGUCGUUUCCCUUGGAUAAUGACCAGGAAGAAAUCCCAACACCCUGGCCACUUGCAGUGACUGCCGGGCUGUUCUGAGGCCUCUUCCUGCUUGGGGUCUUGGCCUCAGCUCUGCUGUUACCUUUCCAAGGCAGGGCCACCGCCAUCGGUGGCAGAGUUGGGGGCAGGGGCUGGGAGGGAGGUGGGGCCUUUGCAAUGUUGGGCUUGGCUAGAAAACACUUGUCAGUACUCUCGUUUGGUUCAUGGCAUAAAUUAUUGCUGUCUUUCAAAAAAAUUUAAAUAAAAUGUUUCAAAGCCUCUA